CUUAGUUCUGACUUCUGGACCACAGAUUCUUCAGGCCGCAGCCCACCAUGGUGUAUCGGGGCUACUUCUUGCUCCUGUUUUUGCUCCCAGUGGCUGCAGCUCAGACAUCCCCAGGCUCCUGCUCCGGAUGUGGUCCCCUGUCCCUGCCGCUGCUGGCCAGCCUCGUGGCUGCAGAGGCCGCCAUGUCCCUGAUCAUGGUGGGGGUGGUGUUUGCCUGCGCUCGCUCACCUCGCCGCGGUUCCCCCCAAGGAGAUGGCACCGUCUACAUCAACAUGCCUAGCAGGGGCUGAUCAACCUCUGACCUCUGAUCUCUGACCUUCUCAUCCUGGACCACAGAGCUGGC